AUGACGCAGGAUGAGAUGAACAGUUGUAUUUUCACCAAUACAGUUGAUCGUAGCGAGGAUGACUCACCUCCUGUGUGUUUGGUGGAACUUGUGAAUUCUAAAGCUAAAUCCUCUGAAAAUCAUGGUCCUGUGGAAUUGUGCGUUGAUAAGUUGAAGAAGAGCUCUCAUGAAAGCACAAGCAACGCUUGUGUACCCAAAGACAUCGACGACAAAACUGCAUCAUUGUUACCAGAAAUUAAUGACCUCGAAUCUGAAACACACUUGGCGAUUCUGAAAUUGGAAGAUAAUGCGAAUAAUGGUAUUCAAGUCGCCGUUUCAACUGGACCGAUUGAUCUUGACAAUGCUUACUCUUCAACAGUAAAAGAACCGAAUUCACCUAAACCUAACGAUAAUACUACGAAGGGUGUUAAUGAAAUGCCCAUAAGCGGGAGACAUUCACUCUCCGAUUCAAAACAACCUUCUUGUGAUCUCAAUGUGGAAGAUGAAGACGACUUAGACCUAGAAGAUCGACCGUUAACUGUGGAUACACAAGGGGUUGAUGAUAUUUCACCUAUUGAGUCUGAAAACAGUGUGGUCAAUGUUGUAAACAAUUCAUUACUGUCCAAUAUUUCAAGUACAAUAACCGAAAAUACCCAAGCUUCCAUCACCACUGUUCCGGAAGUUAGUGAAGCUUCAGUUAGUGUAAUCAGUACCAUGUCGUUACCUGAUCUAGCAUCAUCAUCUUCAUCAUUCUCUUCAAGUUUACCUACACAUCCGAACCUCCAUCCGAUGAGUGCUUCCAACAAAAGCUAUUCUUCAGACAGACAUCAUACAAGUACUCCAGUUGCUCUAGCAACUGUGGCUCCUAUAAGAAUGUCAUCUGUUGGACCUGAUUAUACCAUUUCAAAUGAAUCAUUGAGAUCAAUCAAACCUACUCCUCAGGAUGUUGUGACAAGCCCAACUAUGUGUGUACAUAGUUCCAUUCCAUCUUCUGUUACCAAACAUGAAGUUGGUACUGUGUCAUCAUCAUCAUCUGUAUCCUACAGUUCAAAAUCUUCUAAUCAGCCUAAUACAGUUGAAGUAUCCAGUUUUUCGUCUCCUAGCAUGACCAAUUCUAUUUCUACUGGUACAACUUCUAUUCCGAUUUCCAUCACCCCUAUAAUUGGUACAUGCGCAAUGAAUACAAUGAAUAUGUCAAGCAUAUUUAGUGUAAGAGGUCGUCCAGCAGUUGGCCAAUCAGUCCUACCAUUAUUAUCUGUUGGCCCACAACCAACUCCAUCGUUCACUUCACAGACUUCGCUUCCAUCGUUACCAUCUCAGUCUGGUGUACAUUUUAUGCCUUUUAUCGGCAGCAUGUCUGCGACACUACCAGUUUCAGUAGGAAAUACAAGCUUGAAAAAUAUUAUCAAUCCUAGUUCUGGAAUACCGAUACCAGCAGGUACACCAGCUGUACCAUGUCCUCCACUUCAAAUCUUCAAUAUGACACCUGUGCCACAAUUUGUAGGUCCACCUAGUUUCUUUCCAAUUCCCUCAAGCUUCAGCACAUCUACUGCCUGCUGGGGUGGUGGACUCGGUGGUACAGCAUUCAACUUUCUACAACCAUCACAAAAUUAUGCUGGAACAAUGUUUUCACAAAAUCUGAACAAUAAUCUCUCUGGUGAUCUACUCAUUGAUACACAAAAUCCUUUAAGUUUAGGACAUUCUGUUUUGGCGGCACCGCCUCCUUCCGCAUCAAUCGCUGUCAUUGGUGGUGCUAUCAACAAUCCGACUUCAUCAUCAACAUCGUCGCCGCUUACAUCACUCUACCCAACCAUCUUUCAUCCGGUUAAUCAAAAUUUUUUCUCAACUUCAUGUACACAUUCCAGUCCUCCAGGAUGUUAUCCAUAUUCAACUGGUCUGCUUGGUGGUACAAAUCUAGUGAAUACAACUACACCACAAAUGGCUGCCUCUGUUUCAAAUUUACCACACUUUUUGCAUAAUUCAAAUGAAACAACAAACUUCAUGCUUCAGUCGGUACCACCAGCACCACCACCAUCUGCUGGUGGCGGUACUUCAUUUCUGUCGACAAAUUUCACUCAGAACACACCAGGACAUUUGUAUCAGUCCUGCCAAUAUCCUACAUUCCACAAUUUAUUUCAAACCAAUGAUUUGAUCUCUUCUGGUGUACCAAGUACGGUUACGUGUGAUUCAAAACCACCUGUGAGUAAUGAUGGGACUUGUUGUGUAUCCACUUACUGGCCAUUGAUGAUUAGUUCGGAAGAUAUGAUGAUGACGACAACAACAACAACAACGCCAACAUCAAUGGUGGUUCAAAUGUCCAGUUCCUUAACUAGCAGCCAAACAUCAGACUGGAAUGUGGAAUCUGGCAUGAAGAACAAAGUAGCAGAUUCACAUAUAGAUCAUAUUACAUCAUCAUCUAGUAAUCGGUUGAAUUAUUCGUGUGCAUCAUUGAAUGAAACUUCAGCCGCAAAUGUUAUGAGACCUAUUAAUUCGCCACUGAAGGAUACUUUCUCCUCUUUGCCAACAACAGCGAAUAAUACCGCCGCUAACACUACAAAUCAUGAUGAUAUUGUCAACGAUAAAAGUAGCAGUAAUGCUAGUAGUUGUUUACCACCGCCGACUACAACAACAGUUAUCCUACCAGUUAUUCGUCGCCGACGUCGUUUAUUUGUACACAAUGGAAUUAAACCAAUUACAAAUAUUAUUCAAAGUCCUAUGAUAACCAAUGAUACUUUUGUAAAUGAUGACAGUUCUACCGGGUUGAUGAUCAACACCAGUGUGAAUACAGAAGUGGAUAUUUCUAUAAAUGCUGUCGAUAUUACUGCUACCACUACUACUAGUAUUAGUAAGCACUACCAUCAUACCGAUAAUGUAAAUACUAGUAACAAUGAUGCUGGUAAUAUUCAUAGGAAGAAUGAGAAAAACGAAUUGGAGCAAUCAAAUCCAUCACAGUUCUCUGGGGUACCACGUGCUCAUUUACAGUUGUCUACUGAAGAUAUCCAGUUAUCCAACAAGUCAUCAUCUAUAAGUGCUGAAUCCAUUCCCAAGUUAUCAAAAGAAUCAUUUCCUGAAGUAAUUGAAGAGAAAGAUCCUAUGAACUCGGAUAUUAUUAUUGUUAAGACGCCUUGUUCAUCCGCCUCGUUGUUAUUAUCAUCGUCGUUGUCGUCCUCAUCAUGCGCCUCGUUUGUUAACAGCUCUACAACGACAAUGCCUGCAUCAUCAUCCUCAAAAAUAACUUUUUCAUCAAUCGCAGAUGCUCAGAACGCAUUCAACGCCGCUAAUGACUCCAGUGAUGAUGGCAGUAAUAAUAUUAAUAGUAAUAUUGGUGUAUUAUCCCCAACGUCACUGCCAUGUUCACCUCAGAAAACAAAGCUGGUUGAUGAUAAUGAACUCUCAGGUGAGAAUACUGACGGUGUACACAACGCAGAUAUAGGUCAUCAGACGAAUGAACUUGAAAAAUUGGAGGCAACUAAUCUGGUAUAUUCAAAACCUGUGGAAUCAUCAAUAGAUAUGCAACGGACACCGGUGAUUACAGCUGCUUCUGGCGUUAAUACUACCACUACUAGUACUCUGUAUCCUAAAUUGAAGUCAACAGUACCGUUCCAGUUCCCACCACCACCUGUACUAAUCGGUCUAGAUGAUAGAAGAAUAUUGACUCAUUACAUUGAUGGUCAUAUUAUUUAUGAAAGUGAUAAACCGUUUCCGGUAAGAAAUGGUAUGUCAGUAAUUGAAGCAGCUCUUAGUAAACGGCUAUCCUGUCAGACUAAAUCCUCACUAUCACCAGAAACGUCGUUGGUGAAUGGCUAUGCGGAUGGCAAUCAUGAUAAUACUAAGCAAUCCAGUUCUCCGUGUUCACCGUUAUUCUCCACAAUCGUCACUCCAAAUCUAUCUGUGAUCAGAAAAACCCGUUGA